CCCGGGCGGGGGAUGGACGCAGAGAAGAUGGAUGAGAAUGAAUGGAAAUACCACGGGGAAGGGAACAAGAGCCUCGUCGUCUCCCACAGCCAGCGUUGUGUGGUGCUGCGUUUUCUGAAGUUUUCCCCAAACCGCAAUAAGCGACUGGCACAUCUCAAUAUAAUAGUCUUGAAAGUUUCCAUGCUUCUGAGGUCUCACAUCUGUCACAUCUCCCCUGCUGGAAGAUAAAGAAGUCAACCCCAUGAAUCCUUGGCAAGUAACAAUACAAGAACUGAAGACUUAAUGUUUGACCCUGGAGGUGUUGUUUAUCAACUUGAAGACCAAAGCUGUGUACCCAGCUGAGAAACGAUGAUUUUAGAAGCCCAGUAAUUUGACAGCCAUGGAAGUUAAGAGACAGCAAAGGCCUUCUAGGUCAUUUGUCUGCAAUGGAGGAUUACUUUGCACCAGAGGAAAUCUUAAGCCACCUGCAAAACAUAGUAGACUUCGGAAAACACGUCAUGAAACAGUUUUUUGGGGAGAAAUAUGUUCAUUAUGGGGAAGUUGUUCAGCUACCUUUGGACUUUGUAAAACAGCUUUGUUUAAAGAUCCAGUCUGAGAGGCCAGAGUCUCGCUGUGAUAAAGACUUGGACACUCUUAGUGGCUAUGCUAUGUGCCUUCCUAACCUCACCAGGCUGCAGACCUAUCAUUUUGUGGAACACCGGCCAAUCCUCUGUGUGGAGAUCAAGCCGAAAUGUGGGUUCAUUCCUUUCUCUAGCCAUGUUUCGCAGGAGAUAAAGCACAAGGUGUGUCGUUAUUGCAUGCAUCAGCACCUAAAGGUAGCAAAUGGAAAAUGGAAGCGAUUGAGCAAAUACUGUCCCCUAGAUCUCUUCUCAGGAAAUAAACAGAGAAUGCACUUUGCCUUGAAAAGCUUAUUACAGGAGGCACAGAACAAUUUAAAAAUAUUUAAGAAUGGUGAACUAAUUUAUGGCUGUAAGGAUGAUCAGGACUCUCUCUCUGACUGGAAUGAACUUGCUCGUCACUUAAAACCAUUCUUCUUUCCUGCAAAUGGGAUGGUCAAUGGACCACAUUGUACAAGGACGAUUAUUAAAGAAUUAAUCCAUGUAAUAACAAUGACUCUACUUAGUAGUACUGAUUCCUGCAGGGCAGGUAACGUGAAGACGGUUCCCAUUUCACGAGGAAGGAGCUACUGUGAAGCAAGUGCUUUCAGUAAGGAGUUGGUAAGAAAUGGUAAAAAUAAAAUGGAGAGCUCUGGCUUACCACGGGGCUGUCUCCUUUAUAAAACCCUUCAGGCUCAGAUGCUGGACAUGCUGGAUAUUGAGGGACUUUAUCCUUUGUACAAUAGAGUUGAACAGUACUUAGAGGAGUUUCCUGAGGAGAGAAGUACAUCACAGAUAGAUGGACCUUACAAUGAAGCAUUUUAUGAGAAACUUCUAGAUCUUUCAACGGAAGAUGAUGGAACAGAAGCAUUUGCGUUUACAAAGGUUCAGCAGUACAGAGUAGCAAUGACAGCUAAGGACUGCUCCAUCAUGAUUUCCCUUUCACCUUGUCUACAGGAUGAAUGCUCUGCUCAAAGGCCUGUCGUUCUGGCAUCCAAAUCCAGAUUUACCUUUUCAGUUUCUGUCCUGGACCUAGAUCUUAAGCCAUAUGAAAGCAUUCCACAUCAGUACAAACUUGAUGGCAAGAUAGUAAACUAUUAUUUGAAGAAUGUACAGGCCAAAGAUGAUCCAAUGAUGUCAAAUCUGUUCAAGGAGAAUGAAGACUGCACAUUAGUUCUCCAUAAAGUGUAACUGUUUCCUUAAGGUUAUGGUUGAAAGUGAAGGGUUAAUGAAAUGUAGUUAUGUUGAUUUUCUAUUAUGUUCAGUGCAUUUUUCAGCUGUGAAUGUUUUUGCUUUAAGGAAUAUAUUUUAAUGGGUAUGCCUUUCAAAGACAUGGCAUAGUACUUAAGAAACACCUUCCAAUAUAUAAACUUAAUCUGAAGGAAUGUGUUCAAUAUUACAGAACAGAUGUGUGCCAUACCCUGCAACAACAUGACAGAUCAACUUGAGGUUUAAGUCCAUGUUCUUAAAAUUGAAUGACUACUAUGUGAAGCACCAAAUGAAAUGUUCUCGAUUAAUUCUCAUUUAUUCUUCAGUGCAGAGUUAGGAACUUCCAGAUACGUUGCACUAAUGCAGAAAGCCUGAUCAUAAACAUGAGAAUUACAGGAUGGCCUUGCACCUUGUGCAUUUUAACACUCAAUAUUUUAAAACAAAAGCAACCCCCCCACAUUAAUAAAACCAAAUUCAAAAUUAAGCCGCACUGAGCACAUUAAAAAUGCACUAAACUUAAUACAAAAUAAAUUGCUGCCCAUGUAAUUUAAUGUUUAAAAAACAAAACACACUACUGAAUUGUAUAAUUGCUCUUUGGUGCUGGCUAGGUAGAGCUUGCCAUGUUAGUGCAAAUCUAUUUUAAGCGGAGUGAGUGAAAUUGAGAACUUCAGACUCUGCUUCCAAAAGUGUUGUGAUCAGUCUGAAAAAGCUUUCUGUAAGGAUUUGUAUAAAUGUAAGUAGAAAUUCACAAAAUAAGGGGUAAGGGUUAGGAAUUUUACUAGGGAAGCAGCCUUGAUUUUUAAUUAUUCGCUGGUUGAACAUAUCAGGCUUUGAUCGAAUGGUCCACACUGAGCUAGUCCUGCUAAAUUAGUGAAUCAGGAACUAGCUCUUUCCUAAUUCAACUUUAGCUAUAGGAAUUGUAUACUCAAUUAUUGUCCAUGUGAUUUUGGACUUAAAUCAGAUGUGUCUCAACUUUUUUUGUGCAUUAAACAGCAGCUAGCAAAGGCUGUUCUGGAAUCAGGCUGUGACUGCAAUGACAUUUUUUGAGAAAAGGGUUGACAGAUGGUAUCUGCUUUAUCUUGUAAAGUUCAUUGUAAUCGUAGGUUGUGACUUUUCCUUGAUGGUGGGUGUCAGUUAACUUUGUACCAACAUUUAGCAGUGGCAUUAGUUUGUGUGGUAACAAGUUAAACACAUCUGCCAAGCUGGAGAUGAUUUGUGUGGAUGAGGUGCUAUUCCCUGAUUCUUGUGAAGUUUAAAAGUGAAACAGGUUCAACUAGAUCAAAAACAGUGGGAUGAAACUAUUAAGAAAUGUGGGUAUUGUGGUAUAAUAAACUACAGGUUCUCUUAGCUGUUGAAAAGCUUUCUUUACAUUUCUUUGGGGCUCUCAUACCCUAAGAAUGUACAAGGAGAUGUUAUUCAAGCCCAUCUUGAAAUGCUGCUAUCUGUAUACAGUAGGUAUGUAGUAGUAAUAAGUUUGAAAAUAUGGAGGUUGUCUUAACAAGGACUUACCUCUCCUUAUAAAGUAGUACAGUAGAUUUAUAUUGGGAGCUUGAAUCUAAUGCCCUUUGUUUCAUUGCAUUUUAUUUGAACUUCUUCAGAGUAUUGGCUUUCAUAAAAAAUGGCGCCAUGUUCAUUGGCAGGACCCAAUGUACAAUUCUGUGAAACCAGGGCCCGUUUGACAGUUGGGCCCAGAGUGGUGAUAUUCCUAAUGAAAACUUAUUUAUACAGCAGUAUUGCUUAACACUUAAAAGUGAACCAUGUUACUUUGAUCCACUAAACCUACCACCAGUUAGUAAUGUGCCUUUCUGGGGUGCAGUUGUUUGCUCUUUAGAUUAGACUUGUUAUAUCCACAGCAAUCUGACUUAGUUGUUGAUUUAUUGCAGUCUGUUGUGUGGCUAGCUGCAGUGUUGUAAUAAUACCACCCUCUGAGCAGAGAAUUAAAAGAUAAGUCACAUUUAAUUCAAAGGGGCUGGUCAUCUUUAGUCAAAAUGAUGAACAGUUAUCUACAGCAGGAAAAAAAAAACUUAUUGUGGUCAGGUUUAUGUUGUAAUUUUCCACUCUUGGUGUAUGUACACACCAUAGUUCAGUUUCCAUGUACAUGCAGGAAGCAUCUAACUAGUUUGCUGCCAUAUGUAUUUUUAAAGAGGAAACUUGCUGGCACAAGAAUCAAGAUUACACAAAAAUAGUGAAAUGGCUGUAGUAGUAUUAGUUAGUUCUGCCUGCUUAGCAGCAGAACCCCAAAAAAACCUUUUCUAUGUUUGAAUAAGAAGAAAUUUGAAAUAAACUGCAGUCUGGCAGCAUUUAACGCCUACUCUUGCUCAGCCGCAUGCUCGUUCUGUGUGGGUAGGAAGACUGAAUCAAGCCACUCACAUUGGUGCUUCAGUUAUUCCUUGCCAGAACAGACUGAGUGACCAAAUAGAUGAUUGAUAUUUUCUGGUAUUGACUGACAAGCUUACUGUUUUAAAACAGGCAGGUCUAAUCCAAGAUCUACCAGCCUUACUCGGCUUUGUGUGUGCAUGUAAAUGUGUGUACACUGCUUGCUCCAUCAAAACGUAUGCCAGAUCGUAGUUGUGUAUGCAUACUUACAGAAUCAUGCACUUGAGUUUGCAGAAGAACUCUUCAUUGAAACUACUUAGCAAGAGAGUUCUCCGUUUACAUAUAUUAUAGCCUUUUUGGCCCCCUGAGCCCAGAAAAAUAUUUACUCCCAACAUAUAUGCAAGUACACCAUUUUUAAGGUACUAGGGAUUAAUUUUGAGCUUGCCUGCUGUGCUUUCCCAAUGUUUAGAGGACUCCAAAAGUAAAACGAGGAGGUCACUUAACUAUAUGGAAACUGGCUGGCUAUUGCAGUACUUUUAAAGCGCCAGUGCAAAAUUGACUGUCUUCCCUUUGAGAAAUGCUAGACAUUUACAAGUGAGCUAAUACUAAAAUAUCUGAUGGGCAUAAUGAGGUUGCAAGAAAUGUCUUGAAACUGCUUCAUAUUUGUUUAUAGAAUGCAACGUGUAAAGUAUCAAGUUGACAAUAUGCCUCAAUGAUGGUGCAAGCUUUCAAACCAAACCAUGAUAAACAGUAAUUGAAGUGCAACACUUUGUGAAAGUAGUAAUGUCUAUUCUACAGCCACAUUAAAGAAGAAGCAGCAUCUGUACUGUUUCACUACCAUUCACAAAAUUGAUUUCUAACCACCUGACUAUUCUUCACAAACUUAAAUUUGGCUGUAUUGGUCAUUUAUUUCUGUACUUCUAUCUUAACUGAGUAGAAGGAAUAUUUAAAUACAACUUUAUUCUGCUUUCAGUGUCACUGUUCUCUGUUUUAAAAUCACUGUACUUUUUGUAUACAGCUGUGAAAUGAAAUGUCCAGUUUUUAUUGACUUGAAUUUGACAGCACAUGUUCCUGUAACCCGUUCUAGAAAAUGUUAAGGACAGAAGAACCACUCUGGUACAUUAAGUCAGAAAUUUAAAUUUAUAAUGAAAUUCACUCUAAUUAUUUUAUUUGGCAUUUUUGUAUAUUUAAAUUGCUGUAUUUAUUUUUCAUGUCAUGACAAUUUAUAUAUAAUGUGCCAUAAUUGUACAGAUAGCAUGCUUUAUGGGUAUGGUUUUUAAAUGGAAAAUAACUUAAUGUUUAUAUUCAAUAAAAUUAUAGACUGCAUAACUCAAUAUCAUAAUUAAAAGAAUUUCCAAAUUUC